AUGGGAAAUGGAACAGCAGUGAAGGAAUUCAUCCUACUGGGCUUUGCCAGCGUUCCCCAUAGCCGGAUCCUUCUUUUCACAGUCUUUCUGGCCAUCUAUGUGGUGACCCUCACAGGGAACAGUCUUAUCAUUGGGGUCACCAGCAUUGACUCACGGUUGGACACGCCUAUGUACUACUUCCUCCGCAACCUUGCAGUCAUUGACAUUUGCUAUAUCUCUAGCACGGUGCCCCAGCUGCUGGUCCAUUUCCAGAGCCGUACUCAGACCAUCCCGCUGCUGGCCUGCGCCACCCAGAACUAUGCCUUCUUUGCCUUUGGUGUUACUGAAUGCUUCUUGCUGGCUGUUAUGGCCUAUGACCGCUAUGUGGCUAUCUGCAACCCCCUGAACUAUAUGCUAGUGAUGGGACAUAGAGCAUGUGCGAAGAUGGCUGCUGCCUCGUGGAUCCUGGGCUUCCUGCAUUCAGUGGUCCUCACAGUGUAUACCUUCCACGUGCCUUUCUGCAAGUCCAACCGCAUUGAUCAUUUCUUUUGUGAGGCCCCACAAGUGCUCAAGUUGUCCUGUGCUGAUACGUACAUCAACGAACUGGUCAUCUUUGCUGUAGCUGUAAUGGUCCUCAUUAUCCCUCUCUCCCUGGUCUUUGUCUCCUACACCCGCAUUGUGGCAACCAUCAUGCGCAUGAGCUCAGCAGCUGGGCGCCGGAAGACCUUCUCUACCUGUGCUUCACACCUCACGGUGGUCUCCCUUUUCUAUGGGGCAGCCAUUUUUAUGUACAUGAGGCCCCGUUCCACUCACUCAGCCCAGCAAGACAAGAUGAUCUCCCUCUUUUACUCAGUUAUUACUCCAAUGGUCAACCCUAUGAUCUACAGCCUCAGGAACAAGGAGGUGAAGGGGGCAGUUUUCAGAAUCCUGGGGGGGAAAGUAAAUUCCUAG